GCAAGGCAACACAGCGAGCGGGAGAGUCGUACGUCGAGUUCUCUUCGCUGUUGUCCAAGUCCAUGGCUGCGCGACGGUAGGCUGCAGACCUGCGCAGUUGCGCGGCUACUGAUCUUUUCUCAGCCAUCUCCAGUUGCCUUUGAGCCCGCGGAUUGAUGAAAUCGCUCGACUGUUUGUUACGAUUGCGAUUUGUUGUCAUAUUAGAUAAUUUUUGUUAAAAAUUAUUAUAAUUAACCUAGCUCGAUAAGGUAAUUGAUUCCGGGAACGUUCGAGUGCAAGCAGCUUGGAAUGCCUAAAUUGGAACCGUCGCAGCCCGGAACCUCCCUUUUCGGAAUUGGCGUACUCGCGAACGAGGCAGAACAAGGAAAAACUGUGCGUGUGUCUCUGGUGUGAGCCCCGUGCUCGAUGUGUAUGGUGGCGAUGCCGAGGCAGUGCUGCUGACGAACGCUGUUCCACCUAAUCCAAAAAAAUAAAAAAAAAAAAACUAGCCAAACCGAAUGCGAUGGCAGAUUUUAGGAAAAAUUGUUCCACCAGUUAGGGGCGUGUGAAAAUCCGUUUUUGUAUGGUCAAAUGGCAGAAGAAUCACGAAGUGGGCAACGAAUUGAAUUGACCUAAAGAGGAGCCGUUCUGGAAAGAAAAACCCUCGAUUUCCUGGAUAUCUAGAGAUGAAAGAGUGAAUAAUUCCAACAGAUAUGGGUUUGAGUGCAUCAUACAGCCAAUGAAUAGUGAAGAAUAUCUGCCAAAUUGAAUCUGCCAUAGGAAUUGGUGUUUACAUGCAGUGAGAAUUGAAAAGUGAAUAAAGCAGCAAAUAGUCAAUGAAUAAUAAAUUCUUUUGGAAAGAUGGAAAACACCCAAUGCCAGCGAUUUAAAUGGCCAGAGGCGUAGCAGCAGUGGGAGACCAGUCAGUGUGGGAGGACAAAAUAAAAUACACAGCACAGCGGAAUAGUGAACUGUCGGCCGUGGCGACGCAUUGCACGGAACAGAGCCAGAAGCUAAACCGGAAAAGCGUAAUUGCAUUUGAUGAGUUUUAAUGAAUUCGAACGAAGAAGCAAAGAGCCGAACGGAAGACAACGCUAGAAGUUAGUGUGCCAGAAGAGGAAAGCAUUUAGAAUUACUCGGAAACGAAAAGUUUUUUUGUGCUCUGCAGCUCCCGAUUCUCUAAUGCCCUUUGUUCGUCGGGCAAAUGAGGAAAAAGAGAAACUCAACUGAGAGGAUAAGUGUGAAUAUUUCAGCUGAAGUGCUCGGAAGAAAAAAAAUCCUUCGAAAGGGCUUGAGAAAGCUAGAAAAAUACGGAUAGUGAGAAAACGAAAAAAAGUUUUAUUGAACCAAGUGAACGUGUGCGUGAUCUCGUCCGGAAAUUGAAAACAGUGCAACCCAGAUUGGAGUUUAAUGGAAACUGAAGUGCUCUGUGUCGCGGGACGUGCCUAUCAAAGGCUACCAAGAUCGUAUAGCGAAGCCGGAUAGUUUCUACUCUCCAAAGUUUUGCACCACCUUGUGUACAGUAAUCCUUGCAUCCUAUUUCUACUCGGUAGUAAACGGUAGUGCGUCCGCAUUGUGGCGCAUUUUUAGCGUGUUAGCGUAGUUAAACAACACUAUUCAAUUCACGUAAAUGGCUUUAAAUCUUCACGUAUGAUGUGUGUGUGUUAAAAUGAUAAUGUUUACCUUCGUCAUUCAAUCAAUCACAUUGCACUCAUAGGCGAUAGUAUUCUCGAAGAUAAAACGGAAACGUUGAUGUUGUGCUAAACCAUACACAUCCAAGGAAGAACUCCUCAGUUGGUGCAGUGCAGUCCCAUUCAUACUAGAACAACGGCGGUGUGGAUUCGGAAAUCCUUCAGAAUUGUGAAAAUAACGACGAACUGUGAAAACAUAAAGACGGCGCCCGGUAAAGGUGCCAAAGGUGCCACCUUCAUACCGAAGGAGGCUCCACAGGGGCGCUAGGCUGUCAGCUGCAGGCGAUGCACCGAUUUGCGGAUCGACCGGGUGGACCUGGCCUAAGAUGGGGAGCGUGCUACUCACGGCUGUGUUCAUAGCGUUACAUUUUGCUACCGGCCUGGCCAACCCAGAUUCUAAGCGUUUGUAUGACGAUCUGCUGAGCAACUACAACCGAUUGAUACGGCCUGUGGGCAACAACUCCGAUCGACUAACAGUUAAAAUGGGUCUACGGCUCUCACAGCUCAUCGACGUGAACCUUAAAAACCAAAUCAUGACUACUAACGUGUGGGUAGAACAGGAAUGGAACGACUACAAGCUCAAAUGGAAUCCAGAUGACUACGGUGGGGUGGACCAGCUCCACGUACCAUCGGAACACAUUUGGCUGCCAGAUAUUGUACUGUAUAAUAAUGCGGAUGGAAACUAUGAGGUGACAAUAAUGACAAAAGCAAUUUUACAUCAUACGGGUAAAGUAGUAUGGAAACCACCUGCCAUUUAUAAAUCAUUUUGUGAGAUCGAUGUUGAGUACUUUCCAUUUGACGAGCAAACAUGUUUUAUGAAAUUCGGAUCCUGGACGUACGAUGGAUACCUGGUGGAUCUUCGCCAUCUCCAGCAGACGCCCGACUCCGAUAACAUAGACGUGGGAAUAGACCUGCAAGACUACUAUAUAUCAGUUGAAUGGGACAUUAUGAAGGUGCCUGCCGUUAGAAAUGAAAAAUUUUAUAGUUGUUGUGAAGAACCAUAUCCGGAUAUUAUAUUUAAUAUAACGUUAAGAAGAAAGACACUUUUCUACACCGUGAACUUAAUCAUACCUUGCGUUGGGAUAUCGUUUCUCUCCGUACUAGUGUUUUAUUUGCCCAGUGAUUCCGGCGAAAAGAUAUCAUUAUGUAUAAGUAUAUUACUGUCGCUCACUGUGUUUUUUCUACUGCUGGCUGAAAUCAUUCCACCAACGUCACUAACGGUUCCACUGCUAGGAAAAUAUUUAUUAUUCACGAUGAUGCUAGUCACAUUGUCCGUAGUUGUUACCAUCGCCGUACUGAACGUUAAUUUUAGGUCACCCGUUACGCACAAAAUGGCACCAUGGGUGCAUCGAGUUUUUAUAGAACUAUUGCCUAGGGUGUUAUGUAUAGAGAGGCCAAAGAAAGACGACGAACCAUCCGAAAACGAGGAGCAAGCGCCCGAAGUGCUGACGGACGUGUUCCAGGUGCCACCGGAUGUGGAAAAAUACGUCAGCUACUGUGGGAAGGAGUACACCACGGAUUUCGAUAUUCCUGUUUCCAUUCCUUCCUCUCCGCUAGCACUGCCGCCGUCACGUUUCGAUGUGGCCGCAUCGGGUGGCGUUGGGCCAUGUUUUGGCGAGCCACCGCUACCAGCACUGCCACUACCCGGAGGAGAUGACGAUCUCUUCAGUCCAACCAGCAACGGGGACAUGAGUCCGAACUGUUGCGGUGACGUGAGCCCAACGUUCGAGAAGCCCUUGCUGCGGGAGAUGGAGAAAACGAUAGAAGCAUCGAGAUUCGUAGCUCAACACGUUAGGAAUAAGGAUAAAUUCGAGAGUAUAGAAGAAGACUGGAAAUACGUAGCACUCGUCCUGGAUCGCCUGUUUCUGUGGAUAUUCACGAUAGCGUGCGUAAUGGGUACGGCCCUGAUUAUCCUGCAGGCACCCAGCUUGUACGACAACACCCAACCGAUCGACGCCAUGUACUCCAAGAUCGCCAAGAAGAAGAUGGAAUUGCUCAAAAUGGGGAGUGAGAAUGUAUAGCAUCCGCCCGGGUUCGCAUCCGCCGUUUGGAAGUACAUUCUGAACUGGAUGCGGACCCUGGUCAACGAGGAUGACCAUUAGAGAGAACCCAUUCCUCACCAACUCGCGAGCAUACCCCCCGAAACCGAAUUGAAAGAAAACUGGUAGCAACUCGCAGCUACCGCCCAUCCGACAAAUAAGAAAGCAAAAUGCAAAAAAGAAAUCGUGAGAGAGAAACAACAGACAACAUCCGAACAAAAACCAAAGUUACUCCACUCGCAUCUCAUUCAGUGGCAAACGCGUUGUUGGUUUUCACUGGUCGGUAGACUCCUUGGCUGCUGGCAGCUCAACACCUCAAACCAACCGGCAUGUGGUGUCAGUCAAAUGAGAGAAGAAAAAAAAAAUCAGGGGACGGCACUGGCGGUUGACCUCGUUGCGUGUCCGGACAGAUUACUCAGGCGGAAAAAAGGGGUUUCCUCCGGUUCUGCUUUUGCCAAUUGCUCAAUUCAACUCCCCGGAGAAACGGACACGCCACCAACAUCGUCAGCCGCAGCCCGGCCCGGCGUUACACUGCAGAGGAGCGUACGUACUCUCAGCAGGACCCAUCACGUGAGUCAACAGCGUUAUGUACUCUGAUUGUUCGUUUUGUGUUUUCCAUUUGAUUUUUGGUUUUCUCUAGGGAAAAGAAUGUCAAUAACAAUCAAAUUAAUGUUAAUACCGUGUAACAAAAUGUAGUUUUUAUUAAAAGAGGAAAACUUUUUAUACGACGAACGACGGGGUUGGAAGAGGGGUUUCAAAGGAAUAAGUUAGUUUUUAAAAAAGAGUUUGUUUCUGGAUCCGCUUGUUUUAGGGACUGGGAGCAGUCUCGGCGGCAACGUUGCUGUUGUACAUACAAAAACGGGAGGGAGUUUUUUUUUUGGUAAGACAUUUGAUUUUGGAUAACAAUAAAAGCAAAAACAGUAAAAAUACGAGUGCAAUGUGAUUGAUGCAAAUCAGAACUUAAGACGUAGCGUAGUUUGUUGAUGCAGAGUUAUGGCAGCAAAUUGGUGUACAUAAAUAAAUUUUGUUGGAACUCAGUCCUAGUGGAAUUUGGUAAGCUAAACUCUAAGCUGGAGUUCAGAAGUAAAACGAACUUUCAAAAUAGUUAAUAUUUUUUAUAUUAUUAUGGAUAGUAGCGGAUGAAUUGAAAUGAUAGUUAUUUUUAAGUGAAAUUAAAGCGAUAUAAUGAAAAACGAGAUUUAGUUAGACAUUAAAUUUGCAGACAUUUUUAUACACUUACAAAAAUAAGAGAAAUUAGAUUUGGUUUAUUUACUGCAAAACAUGAAUUGCCGUACUUUUCUAGGCCAGUAAAUUGCGUUGUUGGCGGUGCCACUGCAAGACAACUUGUCUCCCCAGCACAUUCUCCUUCCGGAGAGGAAGAAAAACUGCGGGGUGUCAACUUUCUUUAGCAAACAAAAUCAAACGGUAGCGUUUUAAACUAUCUAAUUUUGGAAUUGAGAAGCAAAUGCAAAAUCUUCCUAACUAAGUGUAGUAGGGCAACACUAUGCGCAACAGAUAAGCAGCAGCGUGAGAGGCGAAUUGGAUUGUACUGGAAAACGUUGGUCAGAAAUCAAGCAGAAUCGAAUUGAAGCAGACUAAGUAAAAGAACAAUCAGCUUGCACCGGUCUGAUAAUGAAGUGUCUUAUCUACAGGAAAUUCUACCAAAAUUCCCAAUAAGUGAACGCUAACAUACUGCAGCAAAAUCCAGUGAGAGCAGCUAGCAAGAUUGCUGAAAUCUUGCAUCUUCGAACUUGGCUGCGACGAACAUUCUAGCCAAGCUUCAUAGAUCGAUCGGAAACUUCCUAUAAUCACUAGAUAAAUAUGACAGAGUAACUGAGGAGAAAUAACAAGCGUGUAUGUAUUUUAUAUGACACAAUAUUAUUGAGGGAGGAGAACAUUUUCGUAAACUAUAGGUGUAUAUGUAGUUAGAUUUUAUAUCAUUGAAUGAAUUGAAGUUAAACUAAUACAAGUAAAGUGGAAAUAAGCAAGUAUCACAUAGUGCAGCAAUUAACUGCUGAGUGUAGUUAAAAAUAAUUUACUCGUACUAAAACCAACGGUAAAAGCUUAAGCCACGAACUUACACAUACAUUAACACAAACAAAAAGUUCAGAGAGGGAGAAAAGUGAAAUCUCAACGACCUUAUAGGACGGUUCGAUGAUU